UCCUAAACAAUCUGAACAACUUAAAGAUGCGCAAAAAAAAUGUAGAUAUUCAAAAAUUUACCAACCAAUUAAUGACAUACCAACGAGAUGGAAUUCUUCGUAUUUAGCUUGGGUUCAGCUUAGGGAAUUACGAAAGACGAUCGAUUACCUUGUUUUGAUGUUGACUUCAGAAUCAGAAUGGUGUGGCAGACUUGAUGGCGAGUAUUUGAAAUUAACUAACCUAACCGAAAACGAAUGCUAUCCUUCUCUUAAUCUCAUUUAUCCAACAAUGAGAUUACUUAUUAGAAAAUUCUCACCUUCUCGUGAACAAACUGAAGAUGAUUAUGCUAAAUUAUUAUUUGGACUUAUUGGCCCAAGUCAACCAACCAAUGAUGAAAAUCCUGAUGAACUCGAUAUAGAAGAUGAAUUUGAUAUACAAAUAAUUUCAGAGCAACUCCAAACUCCUGAAGAAAUUGGGCUUGUAGCAUCAUUCUUGGAUCUGAGAAUUAAGUAUUUGAAGUUUUUUAUUGAGCUUGACAAGUCACCUACUAUAUUAACUUUCGAUCCUGCAACAACUAAUGACUUGAUUGCGGCUUUAUAUAGUAGUGAAGAACCUAAAGAUGAAAUUCUUAAUGAAACUAAAGUUGACUGUUACCUUUGUGAACCUGUUGAGAAAAUGGGCUAUAAUCUACUAACAUGGUAA